GCCGAGCCGUACCGCGCACCUUCCCCCGCCCCAGCUGCCAGCUGCCGGGGGCCGAAUGGCCCGGGUCCGGCUUCGCCCCACGUCGGCCCCGCCUCGCCUAAGUUUUUCUGCCGGAAAGUCUGCUUCGGUUCUCAGCUGUUGUACAGGUAUGAACACAAGCAAGAGUGAGACAGUGAAAGAGCACCCAUUAAAACCUUCUAGAAGAUCUAUGCCAUGCCUCACCCAGAGCCAAACACAUCCUCAGAGCCUGAGCAAGCAUUCUUCAUUUCUGCAGCCAAAUCGUGUGCAGCCACAGCUCCAGCCCCAGCCUUUAAGUGCAGGGUCAUCAGCAACUGCAGUGGAUGUAGUGUCAGAACGAGCUAAAGUGAUGGAGACUUUGGAAAACAACUUGCUUAAGCUGUCUAAUACAGAAUACGGUGAUCCGUUUUUGGAUGUAGGAAAGGACAAAGAAACAUAUACACAUGAUUCAGAACAUGGGAAUUAUGAUGCUCGUACAGAUCAAUCAUUGCUUAUUCAGAAUAAGCUCACCAGGCAGAAAACAGAACCUCGAACUAAAUCAUCUUUAAAGAGUGAUUCCAUGGCAUCAUCAGGACUCUUUUUCAAAGAUGGCAAAAAGCGCAUUGACUACAUCUUGGUCUACAAGAAAUCAAGUCCACAGGUAGAAAAAAGAAGCACAUUUGAGAAGAAUUUGAGAGCAGAAGGGCUGAUGUUAGAACGGGAGCCAGCUGUUACCAACAGUGAUAUCAUGUUCAUUAAAAUUCACUGUCCAUGGGAGACAUUAUGCAAAUAUGCAGAGAGAAUGAACAUCAGGAUGCCUUUCAGGAAAAAGUGUUAUUACACUGACUGGAGGAGCAAAACCAUGGGCAGUUUGCAGAGGAAUAUUAGAGAGCUGAAAAGUUGGUUGCCGAGAAAUCCAAUGAAACUUGAUAAGGAGGCACUGCCUGAUCUGGAAGAAACAGAUUGCUACACAGCGCCCUUUAGCCGUGCACGCAUCCACCAUUUUACGAUAAACAACAAAGACAGCUUCUUCAGCAAUUCCACAAGAAGUAGAAUUGUGCAUCAUGUGCUACAGAGAACUAAGUAUGAAGAUGGAAAAUCCAAAAUGGGUAUUAAUAGACUACUAAAUAAUGGAACAUAUGAAGCAGCAUUUCCACCACAUGAGGGAAGCCACAAAAGCAGACAUCCCAUCAAAACACAUGGAGCGCAGAAUCACAGACACCUCUUGUAUGAACGUUGGGCACGAUGGGGAAUGUGGUACAAAUACCAACCUCUUGAUUUAAUCAGGCGUUACUUUGGUGAAAAAAUUGGACUGUAUUUUGCCUGGCUGGGAUGGUAUACUGGAAUGCUUAUUCCUGCUGCUCUGGUUGGGCUCUUUGUUUUCCUCUAUGGAUUAUUUACAAUGGAUUCCAGCCAAGUAAGCAAAGAGAUCUGCGAGGCAAAUGAAACCAUUAUGUGCCCUAUGUGUGAACGCAAUUGCACACUACAAAAACUCAACGAAAGCUGCAUAUAUGCCAAGGUUACACAUUUGUUUGAUAAUGGAGGGACUGUCUUCUUUGCAAUUUUCAUGGCAAUUUGGGCAACAGUCUUUCUGGAGUUUUGGAAAAGACGGAGAGCUGUAUUAACUUAUGAUUGGGACCUCAUAGACUGGGAAGAUGAAGAGGAAGAACUGCGUCCCCAGUUUGAAGCUAAAUAUUCCCAAGUAGAAAGAGUAAAUCCCAUCACAGGAAAACCUGAACCUUUCCAGCCUUUCCCUGAUAAGCUCAGUCGACUGAUGGUGUCUGUCUCAGGAAUAUUCUUCAUGAUUUCACUGGUCCUUACUGCAGUGUUUGCAGUUGUGGUAUAUCGACUGGUAGCCAUGGAGCAGUUUGCUUCUUUCAAGUGGUAUUUCAUCAAGAAGUAUUGGCAGUUUGCAACAUCUGGCACUGGAGUCUGUAUCAAUUUUAUGAUCAUCAUGUCACUCAACGUUGUGUAUGAAAAGGUUGCCUAUCUCCUGACAGACUUAGAGCACCCUAGAACAGAAUCUGAGUGGGAAAACAGCUUUGCCUUGAAAAUGUUCCUCUUCCAGUUUGUCAACUUGAACAGCUCCAUCUUCUACAUUGCCUUUUUUCUUGGCAGAUUUGCAGGACGCCCAGGAAAGUACAACAAGCUUUUUAACAGAUGGAGGCUGGAAGAGUGUCAUCCUAGUGGCUGUUUGAUAGAUCUGUGCUUACAAAUGGGAGUUAUUAUGGUUUUAAAACAAAUGUGGAACAACUUCAUGGAACUAGGCUAUCCUUUAUUACAGAAUUGGUGGUCACGACGCAAAAUGAAGAGAAGAGGGCAAUCAGUGGAGAAUAAAAUUUCUCUACCUCAGUGGGAAAAAGAUUGGAAUCUGCAACCUAUGAAUCUCCAUGGCUUAAUGGAUGAAUAUUUAGAGAUGGUUUUACAGUUUGGCUUUACAACCAUCUUUGUUGCUGCCUUCCCACUGGCACCUCUCCUGGCACUGCUUAACAAUAUCAUAGAAAUCAGAUUAGAUGCAUACAAGUUUGUCACUCAGUGGCGAAGACCUAUGCCUGCAAGAGCAACAGAUAUAGGUAUUUGGUAUGGAAUUCUGGAAGGAAUUGGAGUUCUGGCUGUCAUCACCAAUGCCUUUGUUAUUGCUAUUACUUCUGAUUACAUUCCACGUUUUGUCUAUGCAUACAAAUAUGGUCCUUGUACAGAUCAAGGGUACAGACAAGAAAAAUGCCUAAAAGGAUAUGUCAACAGCAGUUUAUCAGUAUUUGAUUUGAGUGAACUUGGGAUGGGAUACUCAGGAUACUGCCGAUAUAGAGACUACAGAGCCCCACCGUGGAGUUCAACUCCGUAUGAAUUCACUUUGCAAUUUUGGCAUGUCCUGGCAGCACGGCUGGCCUUCAUAAUAGUGUUUGAGCACCUUGUUUUUGGAAUAAAGUCUUUCAUUGCCUACCUAAUUCCAGACAUACCCAAAGAUUUGUGUGACAGAAUGAGAAGAGAGAAGUACUUAGUCCAGGAAAUGAUGUAUGAGGCUGAACUGGAACAUUUGCAAAGAGAAAGGAAAAAGAAUGGAAAACAGUAUCACCAUGAAUGGCCGUAGUCGCUACCAUGCUACAACAAAACCAUCUUUUGAAAUUGGAAAGUGAAGUUACAAAAUGAAGUCAGUCUGUCAAUGUGAGAUUUGGUGGUGGUGUAUAUAUGUUCUUGCUAGGCAGUACAGUUACGUACUUUGGUGGGCACUGAAAAAUUGAUGUUUCCAAUUAUGAUAAUGAAAAGCCUUACCUGUAACUGGUUUGUGAUGAGCUCCAAUGAAAAUUGGCAUUCAGAAAUGUGCAGACAGAUUAAAAAUCUGAACACUGUUUUUAAAAAAGGCAAUGGAUUUUCAUGCUGUUUAUGAAGAUACUAUAAGCAUGACAAAACCAGAAAAUUACCUGUGAACCUAUAGAGUAAGGGCAUGACUAAAACCAAUUUUAUAUGAUAUUGACUACUUCUACAGCUUCUGAUUGCUCAGCUGCAUUUGUUAACGCCUCUAAAGAAAAGAGAAGUUGUUGCCUUUGUGGCCAUGACUUGAUCUUUCAGCCUUACUGUUUUGUCAGGUUUAGUCUCUUGUUGAGAUUGUGGAUGUGGUCCUACCCUAAAAAAGGGGUCUGUGGCUGCUAAAUAUAUACUAUGCAGUUAAAGAUUUGCACAUCAGUGUCAUUAAUUUAUCCAUCUAAUUGAAAAUCAAAGAAGUCCAAAUUCAGAAAGAAAACAGUAACACUAGGAGAAUGUAAUUUUCUGUUUGAAAAUUACACAGCUGUUGAGUUGUCUUUCCACUUUUGUGUAUGGAAAGGCCAUCUUCACACACUUCCAGGAUGAAAGAACUAUCAUUUUCAUGCUAACUGUGUUACUGUUCUCUUGAUCUGUCUGGGCAAUGAUUCCAUGACUUCACAGAAUGCUAACUUGAAAAACUCCCAUGCAGCGCAAAUUACUUUCUCUACAAAAUACAAUUGUAUCUUUAUAGUAUGCAAGGUUCUGCAGAUAUAUAUGAGACAUACAGUAUAAUAUUGUGGUUUGCUUAUUCAGGGAAGGAGAAGAAGAACAAUUUGUAACAAUGUUCUUCUUAUUGUAAUAGUAAAUGUUGCAUUAACGUACACUUCUUUUAUUGGCCUAAAUGCAUCAUAACACUGGAGCUGGAUACAGGCAAAUAUGUAUACAGAUUGUAUAUAAGUGCAUACCCACAAGCUGGUUAUUCUUAGAUUUAGUAGUAGUAGUAGUAGUAGUAGUAGUAGUAUGCCUUCUUACACAUUGGGCGGGAUUUUUUUGAUAAAAUCACUAUAAAUAGUAGAUGUUCAUUGAAGUAUCAAAUUUCAGUUUUUAUGUGCAAAACAGCAUACUGCAAUGUUGCUUGUGGUUAAUAGUCACAUUUUUGUGAUGAAAUUGUCUAUUACUAAUAUUUUAUAAUACAGGAAAAGUACUUAAUAUUUAAACAAGUUUGAAGGGAUACCAUGCAGGGAAGGGAGUAAAUAAACAGAGUUACAGUUGUUCUGUUUCUCCUGUGCAAUUUUGAAUAAUGCUUCUCUGUAUUGGAUGAAAAAAAUCUAAAAAACAGAGUCAGCAAAGCACAGUAACUACACAGUUACAAAUUUUGACAUUAUUUUUAGGGAUGAAGCUGCAGCAAAAUCACUGCUGAUUUGAUAUGAUAUGAAAAUACCUGAAUUUUUACUAUUUACACUAUCCGGUUGAAUUAAAAAGUGUGAUUCCAGUAUUUACUUACAUUAAUUAGGACAAUAAUUGUGUUUUAUUUCAUUGGAAUUAAUUUCAAGAGUCAAGAACCCGUCAAAGUGGAAUAAUAGGAUAUGCUGUAUCUGGAGAGCCUAACAUCAGACUUUUAGGUUCUUCACUUGUUUCACCACAUUCAUGAGAUUUCUUGGUUAAUUUCAGCUCUCUUACCAGACAAGGCAUUUGUGGGAUUAUCUAUAGUACUGCAUUAAAGAAGGAAAGAAAUUUGAAGAUUUGGUCCAAUCAUAUACAUUACCCAUUCAUUCUGUGAUAAAGGGCUGAUGGAACUCAGCUUACCAUGUUUUGGAAAGGCUGUUUUGUUCCUUCAAAUUCUGGUUGUGCAUUAAGUUGUUCAGGAGUCAUUAUGAGAAAAAAAAAAUUACUGCACUCUCCUCAGUGCUAUUAGAAUCACAAGGUUUGAUUUAAUUUAUUGUCUCUCUGUCUCAUUCUAUGGAUUGUCAAGCACCGUUUGACAACAUUAACCCUGUGUGAUAGUUUUUGUUCCUGUGCCACCUAGUGAUAAUAUUUCAAUGCUUCAGGAGGUCACAGAUGAGCUCUUUUUAAUAUUUUCUCUAAAAAUAAAAUGUCUUUGCUGGCUGAAAUUAUAAAGAUACAGAGUAAAAUCAGGCAAAAAUCAGAGUUACUAUUUUAUACUUCUUUCUGCUAUUGAUAUUGGCAUGUGUCACUACAUACCUAGGCAAAUUCCAGUCAGACUUGAAAAGCCACAUUAAAAACAUCUUUUUGUAUUUGGGAUUUACAUAUAUAUAUAUAAUGAAUUUUUUUCAGCACUGAAAGAAGUAGAAGUAUAUGAAGUGUAUGAAAGACAAGUAUGUAGAUCCAACAUGGUGCAUUUUAUGCACUGAGAAAGCACAAGAAGUUUGAAGAAACACUGUGUGUGUGUGUGCCCUUUACUUUUGGAGGUCAUCAACAAUGUGUAAAGGUCUUGCCACUGUCUAGCCAUUUGCUUAAGCUGAGAAACCUUUUUGCUGGACUUCGCUUAGUAUGCUGUUUACAUUGACUGCACGUUAUUUUCCUAAAGAAUAAGGCGAAUACUGUCCUCAGGAAUAAUGUAUUUUUUGAAUGGUGAAUGAUCUUUUAAUAUUCUAAAUAUUGUCUUUUCAAACAAAUGACUAGUAUGACUAGACUGUGCAUGCAGGCUGCAUUUGUGAAGUUUGACAAAGCUUUAGAACCUCAAUUUGCGCAAAAAUGCUUUAGAUCGUUGCAGAUCUAAUCUAUGAAAACUUUGCUCUAUGCAUGCACCCUUAGAGAGACUGCAUGAGCAACUAGAUUUUUUACAUUAAAAAUAUUUGUUCAAAAUGUGUUACUUAUUUUUAACCAAAUUAUGCAUCUAGAUUCAGACAAAAGAAGUUUUCAUUUCAGAAAUGGCACAAAGUCCAGAUACAUUAUAUGCACCUCAUUUCUUACUUUUUAUUCUGAAUUUGUGCCUAAUGUGUGCAAUCUGAACUUCGGUGAAUAAAAAAAGGAAAAUAAGUAUUCUGUUGUAUUUGCCAUCCUAAUGAGAAGUUCCCCAAAUUUUGUCUCUACAAAGAGGGAGGCAUUAAGAGUAUUCACAACUAAGUGCUAAGGCUUGACUGAAUGUUGAGUUUGGGCUCACACAGCAUGCUGAUUGAGCAUCCUUUGAUGGAUAUUUGGAACCAAGGCAAACCUCAUGAUGAGUUCAGUAAAGCGUUUGAAACUGUCACCCAUGGCAUUCUCCUGGAGAAGGUGGCAGCAGGUGCACUCUUAGCUGACUGGAUGGCUAUGCCUAGAUGCUGGCAGUGAAUGCUGUUUAUCCAGUUGGCAGCUGGUCAGUAGUGUGGUUCCCCAAGGCUCAAUAUUGGGGCCAGUUCUGUUUAAUGUCUUUAUCAAUGAUCUGAACAAGGGGAUCAAGGGCAUCCUCAAUGAGUUUACAGACAAUACUAAGUUGGGUGGGAUUGUUCAUCUGUGGGAGGGCAGGAAGGCUCUGCAGAGGGAUAUGGAUCAAUGGGCCAGUGCUGCAGGCUGGGGGCAGAAUGGAAAGCUGCCCUGCAGAAAAGGACCAUGGGGUGCUAGUCAACAACAGCUGAACAUUAGCCAGCAUCUGCCCAGGUGGACAAAAAAGCCUAUGGCAUCCUGUCCUGUGUGUUACCAGCAGGACUAGGGAAGUGAUUGUCCAUCUGUACUUAUGAGGCCAUACACUGAGACCUGUGUCCAGUUCUGGGCCUCUCAGUUCCAGGCAGGCAUUGAGGUACUGGAGCAUGUCUAGAGAAGGGCAAUGAAGCUGAAGAGGCGUCUAGAGAGAUUAAGUCACAGGAGGAGUGGCUGUAGGAGCUGUGAUUAUCUUGUUAGAUGAGGCUCAGAGGAGUCUUAUCCACUCUCCACAACUACCUGAAAAGAUUGUAGCAAGGUGGGAGUCAACCUCUUCUACCAGUAACUAGUGACAAGACAGAGGAACAUAAUCUUAGGCUACACACAGUAAGGUUCAGGUUGGACAUGAGGAAGAAUUUUUUCAUUGAAAGCAUUGGAAUGGGCUGCCCUGAGAAGUGGCAUCAUCCUUGGAAGUGUUCAAGAAAUGACUGGACAUGGCAUUUAGUGUUGUGAUUUAUUUGUAUGGUGAUUUUUGGUCAAAGAUUGGACCUGAUCAUUUUGGAGGUGUUUUCCCACAUUAAUGAUUCAUUUCUUUCCUAGCCCUUUUCAUUAAAGGAUUUAUAGAGAAAAUGGUGACAGGGCUAAAAUUUCAACAGUGAUGGUAGAUGAUGAGUGAUCUUUUGUUUUUUGUUAGAUGUUUCUUUGGAAGUACAUAGUAUGAAAUACACAUCAGCUGUAGCUGUGCCCUCCUUUUUCAACAACUUGUCAUAAAUUGUGUUCUGAGGCAUAGUUAGGCUCAAUUGUGUCCUGUGGGAAGUUCAAAAGAAAAAUGUCUAGACAGAAUAGUAAAAACAGGUUAGUAGAUAAAUACCUUAAUGGAAAAAUUAAUAAAUUUCCUGAAGUUUCCUUCAUAAAAAAAAAUUCUACAGAAGGAUAAAUACCUUGGGAAACAUAACUUCAGGGUGAGUGUUAAUAUGGGGAAAGGCAAGUGUUUUGGUGAUGUUUUAUUCUUAAUGUGCCAUUAAGAUGAUCAGUCUAAUCAUAUGCAUAAUGUACGUCUGCUCUUUCCUUGCUGCAGCUUCCUCCACUGCAAACUCCAACUGGGGGUGUUGCCAGAGAGAAUUUCUGGAGCCAUGGAAUCCAUUGGAGUUACCUGCCAUGUCCUACAUGGCAUUGUGGGACUUGGCAAACUUCUGUAUUAUGUCACAUUUGGAGGCAAAUUAGCAUAGUUAGCCUGUAAAUGUCACCAAUUUUCAUUAAAAAUAUUAUAAAGUAGAUUUUUAUAUAUAUACUGGCCUUAUAAAACAAAUUUUUUACUAACAGCUACUUAUGAAUGCAAUAAAGUUGAUGGAAAAUAAAAAAAAAAUCAGAUUUUCUAUUUAGUUUCUAUUAAGAAAUGCACAGAGGUAAAAAUUGUAUCAGUAUUCACUUAAAAUGCAGUAGUACUUCCCAGAAGCAUUAUGUUUUUUGGAAUCCUCAGAAAGUGCUGAGGUUGCUUGUUUGGGGACAAAGUUUGAAACAAAUAUAAGGGCAACACUUCAUAAUAAUUAUUUGAUGUUAAGACUGAUUCUAGAAUUCAAACAGAAAUUUGCUUCUAGGCAGACCUGUUAUUUUCUUCCAAUACAUACUUUGUCUGACAAAAUGCAUACGGUGACACUUUUUGGAAGUGUUUCAGUGAAUUCUAAUCUAUAUUCCUGUAGUGGAAAAUCUAGUAGCUUAGAAAUUCCCGAAGUCUUCGUAUUCAUCCUGAUGCUCACAAAACCCAUAUUCUUCUGAAGUAAAAUUCAGCAACCAGCAUGUGGAGGGUGAGAAUGAGCAGAAGGCAGCAAAGGGCUUACGUUUGCUCCAGCAAGUUUUACUCCAGAAUUGCAACAGGCUCUGAAAAAUAAGGAUUUGAGGAUGAAGCAUGGAGAUAGGCCUCCUGAUCUUUUCUUUUUCUCCUUUGACUCAUUCUUUACCUAUCCUCAGUGUUUUAUUACACACUGCCUUCUGGGUGACAGUCCGAUUUCCAGGGUAAUUCUGUAACAGCAGAUUUUUACAGUCUGUUUCUGGAUAUCCCUUACUGAGAUGCCAAAGCUGAAAGUGAACGAAUAUUAGUCUGUCUGGUGCUUUUUACAAAUCUGUAUGCAUUGAUUGGAUGAAGCAGUAUGAGACAGUAUGGGGUACCUCUGUCUGUGCCAUUUCUGUCCUUUCAGUCACAUCCCCAGGCACCACAGUUUUUUGUCCUUAUGUCCCUUCCUUCACACAUGUCCGAAAUACCCUACACAGUUGUAUAAUUUUUGAAUUUCUAUAAUGGAUUCAUUUUGACAAUUUUUAUCUGAUAUUGCUAUUGCAAACAUAUUUCCUAGAAAUUUGGAUUGUCAUAACCUUGGCAUAACCAUAAUAGCACAAUGUUACCACAUCAGCACAAAGUUCUAAUGGCACAACAAGGAACAGUAGGGAAAUCACUUCACUAUUCCAUGAUAUAUAGGAACUUUUAAAAUCCAGGACUGGGAUUUAGUCUUGAAAUGUUAAUGGUGUAUUCCUUCUUCACUGCGCUCAAAAUGACCUUAUGUUAGUUUUGUUGACUCAGUCUAUCUUCUUGAUUCAACUCUGCAUUGCUAGAUGUUCUCUGUAGUUUGCAUUCUUAUUGACAUGAGCUACUUGUUAGGAUGCAACAGGAUGAGAAAUUAGGAUUAAACCCAAUGGAAUCUAAAACUAGUGAGAUUUUAACCACUGAGAAAAUGAUGAUUUUUCUGUUAAUAAUGAAAAAAAAAAAUCAGAUCACAUUUUCUUUUCAUGUUCCGUUUAAAUUACUUGGAGUUUCGUAUUGAAAAAUCUUCCAAACUGUUGGCUGUAAUUUUUACCUAGGGUAGUAUCACUGAAAUUUCAGUUAUUUGAAAUAAUCUCAUGUAAAAUCUGACUGAAUAAGAUAUUCAGUCAUUUUUUUACUCUAAUAGUCCUGGGUAAUUUGCAAUAUUGUGAUCAUAAGAGAUUUCUUAAAAUGUGUAUAUAUUUGAAAUUUCUGUAACAUUUAAAUACAACUUGAUUUCUAAGUAAGGAGUAAGACUAAAAUUUCAGCUAUUUUUUCUACUCAUAAAUCUACACUUUGUAAGUAAUAUUUAAAACAAGUUUACAGUAUAAGAGAGCGUUUUGGAGAAAUUUACAUUUCUGUGCAAAAGCUAUUUGCUCCAGCAUGUCAGCUUUCACUUUCUUUUGUGUUUAGGGAUUGCUUUUACAAGCAGCUGUGUAACCCAGAAGUAAAAGAAUUUACUGACAAAAAAGUUGUAAAUCUGUUUAACUAUCGUAAGACAUUUUUGGCAUAAAUUUGUCUUUGGGAUGGUGUUUACUUUAUCAAGGUUUACAUAUACAAAUGCAACUACUUGCUGUAUCAUGCGUAUUUGAUUAUUACAUUUUUUUUUCAGUAAUAAACUUGGAUAUCUUUGAAAAAGGCUUUGAGCUUUAUUA